CUUGUAUCUCACUCUCGUCCAUUCUGUCCUCCAGGAAGGAAGCAGUUGUCGGCUGCUUCCUCGUUUUCUUGUUUUUGUCUAUGUCUAUCCUUUUUCUUACUCUCUCUCUCUCCUUGUAGUAACCAUCCUAAAUGUAAUUAGGAAAAUCCUUGUGUUUUGUUUACGAUUAUUAUAAAUUGAUAUUUCGAAUCAAAUACUUCCCUUAUUACCGCGUAUUUUUAAAUGACUCUUGGAGAGUAAUAUACAUUGGCGACGGAAGGAAUUACAGUUACAGUGGAUACUUAAAUACAUACAUUUUCCAAAGCAAUUUAUGGAGGAAAUCAAGCUUAACUUUUUAAAAGUCUUUCAAGAACUAAUAGUCACCCCAUUAACAAUUUUGCAAUUAUUUGAAUACACUAAAUAUGUCCCACUACAGCUCUAAAAGAGAAGAUGGUACUAAAUUCCUUGAGUCCAACAGAAAAAAAAUAUCUCUAGGAAGCAGUGAUAAGUUAACAGCAGAGUUUACUAAUCAAGAAAUUCCAUCCCAAGAGCAGGUUUCAUCUGUCUCUAGAGCUUCAAGUUUCAGUGCUGGAAGAUGGUUGUCCAGUAGGAAAAAUGAGACCACAGAGACAGAAGCUGAAUCCCUCUUGAAAUCUCCUAAACCAAGCUGUAUUCCUUCAAGUGGUAGGGAAGUAAAUCACAGUAGCUUCGGCUGGCCACCAUCUCAUAGUUUUACUACUUCAGAUAAGACUUCACUAGACAAAACAGCUUUGGGUGAAAAUUACCAUCAAAGAAGCUCAUACCUAACACAUGGUAAAAUGUCAAAUGUGCCUUCAUUUAAGCAUAAAGGUAUGACAGAAAGCUGUACUAAAGAAGAUAAUAUUCGAGAUUUAAGAACUGACAGAUGUUCUGAUAAACUACACAAGUCCAUUCAACAGGCUGAUGCUAGUUCCUCCCGUAAUAUUCCUUUGAGAGCAUCUGUUCGUAAAAGUCAUGAUUCUGAAAGGAAUAGUGAUUAUGGAAUAAGCAAAUCUUCAUUACACAGUAAUAUGCCUCAUAAAAGAAGUCCCACAAAGUCUUCUGAAUCUAGUAACACUAAUCAAAAAACACCCAGAAUUGUUGCAAAAGAAAGAUUAUCUGGAGAUCAUGACUUGCAAAUGGCCAAUAUUGAAAGUUCUGUUUCUCCAGCAGGAUUAAAUGUAAAUAAAAAUAACAACGAUCUCAAGUCACUAAGAAAACCUGUUACUUCUGGUAGAGUAGCUGAAGGUUUUGCAGAUCAGUCAUUUGACCGUUCAGAUGUAAAAUAUAAUUCAUGCAGAUCCCGUAUACCAACUCCUAAUUCUCCUUCAAGUUCACAUAAAGCUGAAUCACAUAAACUUUCAUCACAGAGCUUUACUUUUUCUAGAGGUUCGGAUACAAACAAAGCUAACAUGGAACAGAGUGGUAAGGAAACAAAUGAAAGUAGAGCUGAACGUAUUGCUCGUUAUAAACAAAUCAGACGAAAUGAACUGGCUUCAAUAAUUAAGGCCAGACUAGAUGCUAACGGUGGUGACAAAAAGGAAGAAGAUGAAGAUAAAAAGUUGAAUUUGAAACAGAAUCUUUAUCCAGAAAUAGCAAAAGAAAGUGAAACACAGUUUCCAAUCUCAUCUCUUACUGAAAAAGGCAACUUGAAUUUAAGAACAGAAGGCAUUGAGCCUGAGAGUUCAGAUUUAAAGCUGAAUAGAUUGCAACAAAAAUCCAGAAAUGUGUCUGAACGGUCCAAAAAACGGCAAGAAAGAAUGCUACGAAAUAGUCAACAUUUAUCUGCUGAUCUUAUUGGUCAAACUACAAAAGGUAGAAUUCUUAGUAAUAAAUUGGAUACAUCCACAAGUAUAGACUCUAGGAAUAUUCCUCCUUCUAUUGCUGAUGAUACUCAACCAUCUUUAGAAGCUGAGAGAGCAGUGAGUCUGUCAUAUGAUGACAGAAGUCAGCUAGCUCAGUUAAGAAGCAAUGAAGUAGGAACAGACUUUGCUUCAAAUGUUACUAAUAUCUCUUCUGAAAUCCCCUGUAACAAAAAUCUUUCCAACCAGCCAUCAGAAUCCAUUGGUGCUAAAACUGGGAUAGAAAAUGAGAAAAGUUCUUUAUCAUUAUCAAAUGACAGGUUCAUAGAUAAAGGUUAUAAUAAAGAUUUAUAUACUCCUUUAAGAAAACAAAAUGUACAGGAAAAGCCAAAUAUCAUUGGUAGACAACAAGAAAAGUGUAGGUUUCAAAGUAAAAGUGAUGGAUAUUUAACAUCAGGUUCUGAGGCUGGAUUUUCUGAUAAUAUUUUUGACUACUCCAUAUCUGAAUCAGAUAAUUUUAGGAAUUAUAACAUCGACAGUGAAACAGACAUACAAUUAUACUCUCAGAUGACAGCUGACUUAAAUGAGAACCCUAGAUCCUCAACAUCUUUCGUAAAAUCAAAACAACUACCUGAAAGUGCUGUUUCAUAUAGAAAACAAUUGUUGCAGGAUCUGAAUGAAAAAAGUGAGAAUAAAAAAAUUGAGAAUGAAUAUAAGAAAGAUAUCGACUGGUUAGAGCGUAGAAAGUUUGAAUACAUGAUUAAAAAAGCUGAGAAGGAAAAGAAAUUUUCAGUCUUAGACAAGAUUAAAGCUGCUGAAAUAAAAGCUCAUGCAAUUAGACAGAAAAGAGAAGAAAAUAAGGCACAGAAGCCUCUUGAAAGAACAAAGAGUGAAAGUCAAGUUAAGAUGCCUUUAGAGGUUUGUCAAGAAACUAAUCGAAAAAAUACUAACUUGGAACGGGCUCAAUCUUUUGGAUCUGCCCCUGUGAAGAAAAUUGAGGAACUUCUUUUCUCUCCUAAGUAUGAAAGUAACUUGGAUGAGCUUCUUUUAAAGAAUGCUGCUUAUUUAGCAGAUGAAGAAACAGAUUUGCCAUCGCAGUCUGUAAGGAAUUUACAUCCUAAAGAAAAUUUAAAGCUCAGGAAGUCUGUACGGAAGAAAAAAUUAACCAAGCUUGCCAGUGUGUCAGAAAGAAAUAACCAUUCACCUGAAAAUGGAGGAAAAGAACCAACAGUCACUGGCGAACAUCAGGAAGAGGUUUCUCAAAUAGAGAACUAUAAAAUAUCAAAAGAAAGCCAAGAUGAAGACAUAGAAAGCUCCUCUGUUAGAGCAACAUCUUCAUCUGAAGGGACACUCAGAGCAAGUUCUCCCCGUCAUAUUCAUUCUGAUUUCUCUAGUGAUACUGAUAAACCACAAGAGUUUUAUUCAUAUCAGAAAACUUUAGCUAAUAAAGCCAACUCACAAUUGGAGAGAAGACGAUUUCGGACUCGAGAUAAAGAUACACCUAGAAGAUCUUCCUUGCAAGACAGUGUGUCUGACAUUUCAGAGGAUACUAGUUCUUCUGCUCAAACCUAUACUGAUGGUAGACGUGUUCUUCGAAAAAGAGAUAAAAGUUCUUCUCGAAAAUCAUAUCUGAACAUCUCUGAAGAUUCUGAGGAAAGAGAAGCUUCAGAAUACUUGUCUGUUUCUGAUGGUUCAACAAGUAAUAAGACAUUUUCUGAACCUUCUAAUGUCAAUGUAAUGAGCUCACGAAAUGCUUAUUCUACAGCACGUAACAUACCUAAUACUUCUGCUGCUGGUUUAGAAGGAAAGAGAAUUAGUAAUAUCACUACUUCAGAAUCAGAAAGGGAAUUAACAAGUGAAAGUGAAAGAUUUAUUUGCAAUGCAAAACCUAAGAUACCAUCUUAUGCAAAAGUGCAAAGCACUAGUUCAAAAGCUAUGGAUUCUCAACAGCCAAAUAUCUCUUCAAUACCCGCAGAGCCUCAGAAGAAUGAUUUUACCACAGAUCAUGUUCAACAAUCUCUUUAUUCAUCAAAAAAUGCAAUAAGAUUAUCAAAUACUGCAGAAACAACUCAUAAUAUACAUUCUGGAGGACUGUCUAUAAAAAAUAAAUUGGUUCACACAAAUAAAAAUGAAGAUGUAGAUUCACGAUCUAAACUAGUUUCUCAUGAUACAUCAAAAACCAUUGGUGCUAAGGUGACCAACAAAACACCUUCUGUUACAACCAAAAGUACUGAUGGUGCAACAGUUCCAAAAACAGUACCUGGUGCAACAAAGAGCAUUGAUGCUUUAGGGGUUUCUAAAACAGCACUAACUGCUGCAAAAACUACAACUACAACAGUAACUCCUAAAACAUCACCAACUGUAAUGAAAACCACCAAUACUGCAGUGGUUUCCAAAUCAGCACUUGCUGCCAAGAAGACCACUGAUGCUACAUUGGCUUCUAAAGGAGCUCCUGUUGUAACGAAAUCUACUGAUACUACAGUAGCUUCAAGAACAUCAUCUGUUACAACAAAAGCUCUUAGUACAACAGUGGUCUCCAAAACAGCACCUGUAGCAACAAAAACGAUUGAUGCUACAGUGGCCCCUAAAACAGCACCUGUGGCAACAAAAACGACUGAUGCUACAGUGGCCCCUAAAACAGCACCUGUGGCAACAAAAACGAUUGCUGCUACAGUGGCCCCUAAAACAGCACCUGUGGCAACAAAAACGAUUGCUGCUACAGUGGCCCCUAAAAUAGCACCUGUGGCAACAAAAACAAUUGAUACUACAGUGGCCCCUAAAACAGCACCUGUGGUAACAAAAACUGUUGAUGCCACAGUGGCCCCCAAAUCAGCACCUGCAGUAACAAAAACUGUUGAUGCUACAGUGGCCCCCACAACAGCACCUGUGCCAAUGAAAACUGCUAAUGCUACAGUAGCUCUUAAAACGGAAUCUGUUGUAACAAAAACCACUAAUGCAACAUUGGUUCCUAAAACAGCUCCUGUUGCAAAAGUGGCUUCCACCACUGCAACAAAUACCAGUGAUACUAAACUAGCUGCUGACACAACACCUUCAUCAAGCGUCAGUAAUACUACACUGGUUCUAAAGACACCAACAACUGUACCAAAGACAACAGACUCAGCAGUAGAUCCUAAAAUAGCAACUACUAUGACAACGACCACUAAUACCUCUAGUACAACUGACUCUCCUCAGACUUUGACCUCUACAACAAAGAGCUUAGAUACAACGAUGGCACCUCAAGCCUUACCAACUGCAGCAAAGCUCAUACAUACAACAAUGGCUUCAAAAACAGAACCUACUGCAACAAAAAUUACAGAUUCUACAGUAGCUUCUCAAAUACCAUCAACUGUGACAAUGAACACAGCUACAGAGUUGGAUCAAAAAGUUCCUUAUACCCUAAUGGCUCCUGUAAUAGCAUCAACUAAAACAAAAACCACAGAUAUUAAAACAACAAGCUUGGUAACAAAAACUACAGAAAUUGCAGCAACUUCUCAACCAACACCUACUACCACAAAAACGUUAGGUGCUACAACAUCUUCAAGUACAAUUCAAACUACAACAAAAUCCACAGAUAGCACAGUUUCUCUUAAAACACUUCCUGUUACAACAAGUGUAACAUCAGCUUCUAAAGCAAUGCCUGCUACAAUUACUAAUGCAAAUAAUGUAAUUAGCCAAACAACUGGUAUUACUUUAAAAUCUCCAGAGACUACAAUGUCUCCUAAAGUAAUACUAACUACAACAAAACCUACAGAUACUACUGUGACUGAUAACUUGACCUCUGUUGUAGAAAAAACCACCGAUUUUGUUGGGAUUCCUCAAAAAUUGCCUACUGCAGGAAAGACAACAGAGACAGCUGUAGUUACUACAGUUGCAAGUGUAGAGCCGAGUAUUAAGACCAAACAAAUAAUUUCUGAACCUAAAACUGUUACUACCUCUGUUGAAAGAUCAAGUGCUACUGACUCAAUUACAGGACCAAAAGCUAGUGCCACAGCUGUAACUCCAACACCAGUUGCAUUUACAUCUGAAGGUACAGCUGUAGCCUCAAAAAUAGUGACUACUGCAAUUAAGAAUACUGACACGAUUACAGUAACAACAAAAGAACCAAUAUCUAAAACAACAGAAACGGUGACAGUAACAAAAAGUAUGACCACUCCAACUGAAACUUUAUCCACCAGCACAACUGUCAGUCAGCCCACUAUAACUAAACCCACUGAUACUAUUGAUAUUACGAAAUCCGUGGAUAAGAUUCAAGGUGUGAAUUUAGCAGCAGUGAAUGGAACUGUUGAAGAAAAGAAAGUAGCAACUAUAGAAGCUAAAAAACCAUCUAAGGAAAUCCACAAAGCUAAUACUGUUGAAACCAGUUCUACAGUGCAGAGUACUGUAAACAUUAAAAAUCUACCAACUCCAUCUGACAUCAGUAGUAUGGGCAAGCUUUCUGAGACACCAACUGUGAAGUCUGAUAUGACAAUGAACAGUAAUGUAUAUGCACCUACAGCUGCUGAUUUAGAUAAAACAAAUAUUUCAUCAAUGGCACAAACUAAUAUUUCUUUAUCUAAAACCACAAAAACAUCCCUUCCUACACAAACAUCAGCAACUUUAACAGGAACCUUAGAAAAUGUAGCAGUCACUGAAUCUAAGGAUACAGCUCACACUAAAGUAUAUACUAAAGUAUUAUCUUCUGACACUAAAACAGAUGUUUCUUCUGAUACUAAUGUUGUAGGCCUGACUGGGGCUUCAGAGAAAAUCAUAGACACUAAUAAAAAGACACCUUUUUCAACAUCUGACAUAAAAGGCAAAUCAUUAGAAAGAUCUCUAUCACUUACUUCCUCAACACUCAUCAUGUCAACAAAAACAUCAAAAGACAAUGAUGAGAACAGGGAUGAGAUAAAAAAGACAGCUACUUCAAAUACUGUAUUACAAUUCUCUAAACAUAGGAAAAGCGAAGGUUCAAUUGAUACUCCUCACUUAAGCAUUCAUCGAGGUAUCUUAAAGCGCACUUCUUCUCUGCACAAGCAAAAUUCAUGUUCUGAAGAAAUGGAUCCAGAGCUAGCACAUGUCUUCCAGUCCAGGAGAAGUAAAGAGGAAACUGAUGAGGAUACUUUUGAACAAGAUGUUUUUGAUGAAAGUCAAUAUCUUCGACAAGAUUCUUUACAAUCAGAAGUUAUAAAUGAAGAACCUGAAGAAAAAACGCUAUCAGUAUCAGAAAGAAUUUCUCAAAUGGAAACUCAGAUUUCAUCAACAUCGGGAGCUACUACUCCAAAAACACCUAGGUCAAGGUUAGGAUCUGUUAGUAGAACUUACUUUGAAGAUAUUCAAAAGCAGACUAUGUUACCUGAAGAACUUUUUAAUAAAUUAAGUGAUUUGGCUCUUAGUAAAGAAGCCUACCAGGAAAGGAGGAAGAAAUAUCAACGGGGUCGAGAUGACUGGCGGUCCAGGACACAACCCGUUACGCAAGAAGAGGUGAAAGAAGCUGAUAGUUUGGAAACUGUGAGUAAUUUCCGAGCUUUGGUGAUGAAACGGUCAUCUAUUAACAUCUUUGAACAAUUGAAAGAUCAAGAAAAGCAACGUAAAACAUAUCCUGGGAAGAAAACUGAAUAUCCACAGCCUUACAUACCCGAGAAAAUGUCAGAGAAAAAGAGAGAGAGGUAUAAAACUCUGCCAGUUACAGCAGCUGAGCUAAUGGCCAUCCCUGAAGGAGAGACUGUUGGGUUGGAUAACUUUAAGUCUACAAUGCAAGCUCUAAGGGAUUAUAAAACUGAUUCUGGAAUUGUUUCAUCUUGCUCAGAUUUUGAGAGAGACUCUCAGGGUUCUGAUAGUAUGAAAAACCUAGCAAUUGAUGCUGACACAGAAGACGAUGACAUUACUCAUCUUAGUGUUGCUGACAGAGCCUGUAUCUUUCAAAAGCUAGAAGAAAAAUCCAAAAAGUGUGCUAGUGGAGCAAAGCGUUACAUCGACAGAAAGAAGCGAGAACGUUAUAAAACACAGCCAGUUACUGAAGAUGAAGUGAAGACUGCCUCUGAAAUUGCCGAAGAAAACGUCAGUGACAGGAAACGUAAUAGUAUUACUGAUCAGAUUGAGUUUAUGGAGAAAGUGCAUGAGGCUGAAAAGAAAUUAAAUACUGGGCUUAAAACUUUAUCAUCUGCUCCCAGUUUAGAGUCAUUGUUACAGAGUGAGAGUUAUGAAGAAGAAAUGGACCCAACCACUCAUAGUGAUGACCUUACCAGACAAAGUUUGGCUGAAAAAGUAAAACUCUUCUCUUCUCCUAAAACAUUAAUCGAAAAAGCAAACCGUUCUGAUGCUCCUGUUAUUCGACGUAAAAAUCGGAAAGUUGCUUCUCGCUUCAACACUCAGGCUCAAAAAAAUAGGGUUUCUCAGCCUGUUACUUCUGAAGAAAUGGAGAGUGUGUUUCGUAUUUCUCCUUUGGCAAUGAGCCUUGUAAAACCACCAGAUCCAGAAAUUUUGAAAGGAUUGCCAUUAAAUGCUCAAAGAGAGCUCGUUGCCCAGCAUGCAGAAGCUUGUUUAUCUCAACAAGGGUCCAGACCAAACUCACGUCCAGGAUCACAAUCUGGUUCCCGAAGAGGAUCUCUUGAAGAACAUGAGCAAAGUAAACUAGAAACAAAUGAAAUUCUCAGAAUGGCUGAUAUCGAAAAUACACAAACUGUUGAUUCAAAUAAACAAUUUAAUAAAGAAGUAUUGAUUAAAAGCAGUAUAGAAACAGAAAAUAUAAGUGUCUUAAAGUCAAAAGAAACAAAGUAUCAGGAGACACAUAAAAAACUUAAUAGUGAAGCCAUAAGUGUUUCAAAACUUAACAAAACUGACUCUGGAAGUGUUCAAACAACAUCAGUCACAAGUACAAAAAUGAAAGAACACCGAAGUAUACUUAUAAAAGACCAGAAUGGAGAUCAGCCUCGAGGAAUUUUGAAGAAAGACAUUAGCUUUGAUUAUAAAACAGAAGAUAUUAAACCAAAUUUAGACAGUUCAGAUAAAGAAAACUCAACACCAGUUCUUAAAAAACAAUCAAUGUCAACUAAAGUAGUAUCUAGAUCUUUAUCUUAUGAAGAAUCAAAAGCAAUUGAAAACCAGUCUUUAGAAAGGUCAAGUCAACCAGUUGCUGAAAUACCAACUGAUAAAACUCAAUCUACUCCACGUAAACAACAACAUUAUACUAGUCGUCACCACCUUACUGAACCUGUGACUUCUUGUGAAAAGCAAGAAGCUUCAGAAGGCGUUGAAACUGUUGUUAAAUUAAGCGGAUCUGUUGCAGAAAGAGAUAAUUCUCCUCAGAUGUCAGUUGAUGAUCUUGGCUUACCAGCCAACAGGUUGUCAGCUCUUAAGAAGAGUGGUGAAAACGAUUGGAAGAAGCGAGUCUACAAACCAAGUGAUAGUCCCAGUUCUAGCCCGGAUAGAGAAAUGAUUAAAGCAAGGUCCCCUAGUCCUUUUAGUACACCAGUUCGGCCUAUUAAUCUUUCUGAAAGAAUGUCUCAGUUAAAAUCUUCACAGACAUCAUGGAAGACUAGAGUUGAAGAGAGUGAUGCCCAGUUAUUUACUGUUGCAGGCAAGCUGAGUAAAUCAGGUUGCGUCGUUAGAGAGAAGACUGUUUUGGCUCAAAUCAAGCAGAGAUCAUUCACAGAAUCAGAUGAAUCUGGUGGUUUAAUUUCACCCACCUCACCAACAAAGACAGACUGGAAAAUUCCAAAACCUACAGAAAUUAUUUCAUCUGACAAACACAUUGACAUCGAGGAAGAGGAAAAGAAUGUCAACUCAGUUGUACACCUACCUGAUAUGACAUCAGAAGGACUUGAUCAAUUCUUUGGUUGCAGUACCAAUGUUUUAGAUGAAACUGAGACCUUAGAUUUAAAUGUUGAAGAUUUUGAUGCAAUAUUUAAAGAUUCACAGAAAUUAUUGUUGCACAACACGAAAGCCAGGCCCAAAAAGAAUGUACAAGCCCGUAGCAAGAAUCCAUUAAAAUCACGUUCAGUAAAUCUUGAAAAGAAAGAGUACCAAGAAUAUAAAACAAAUAUUGCUGAGAUGGAAAUGAAGAGAAUAAAAAAAGAAAUCAUUAGUAAGGAUGCUGGAUUUGCAGAAGCAGCUUUAGCUGGACUUGCCAGCAAAGAGAACUUUUCUAAAAUUGAACUAAGAAAAACUGAUACUUCAAACCCAUCUCCUGGAACCAACCGCUAUCUACCAUACAAACCAAUUAUGUUAUUCCAGAUUAAAGGUCGGCGGCAUGUUCAGACUAGACUAGUUGAGCCAUGUGCCAAAUCUGUGAACCAUGGAGACUGUUAUGUUCUAGUAACGGCAGAUAAAGUCAUUAACUGGGCAGGAGAAUUCACUAAUGUCAUUGAGAAAGCUAAGUCUGCAGAUAUAGCUACCCAUGUUCAACAGAAAAAAGAUCUUGGCUAUAGAUCUUCAGCACAAUUUGUGAUGAUUGACAGCAAGAAAGUAUCAAGUCCUGUAUUUUGGGAUUUACUGCAAGGCUCUGAGGAUGAUUGUCAAGAGUGCGGACCUCCUGAUGAAGAUGAAUUAUAUGAAAAUGCUAUAGUUAGUAGAAAUAUGAUCUAUAAGAUUGAAAAGAAUUGCUUGAAACCAUAUGAAGAAUACUGGGGAGAUUCUCCCAAACAUGAAAUGUUGAAGAGCAAUGAAGUACUAGUCUUUGAUUUUGGCUGUGAAUUAUAUGUCUGGCAAGGAAAGAAAGCUUCACCUUUAAAGAAAAAGCUGGGGCUUGAACUUGCUCAGCAGCUUUGGAACAAAGGCUACGAUUAUGAGUCUGCAAUAAUAAAUCAGAUGUCUCCUCUAAGAUUGUCUGCAGAAGGUGAUGUAGAGAGUGACAAAUGCAGCCGUCCCAACUGGGCUAUAUUUGGCAAGGUCAAUGAAAAUAUGGAAACUAUAGCUUUUCGAGAGAAAUUUGCUGAUUGGCCUGAUUCCACUCGACUGAUUAAAGUGAAGAGCCUAGAGAAAAAUACAUCAAAACAAACAGAUCACAGUGACUUGGUAGCUUAUGAUGGUGGAAAGUUAGCUGAGAGACCUCAUCCAGGACCUUAUUUGAUGGUUCUUGAAGGAAGUAAUGUUGGCAGAGGAACACACUGGGAUGAAGACAUGGAUGGGUUCAUACAGCAUUUUGAAAUAACAACGAUAGCAGUCACAGUGUGGCAUGUUCUUGAGUUUGACCAUUAUAAACUAGAUUAUAUCAGCAAUGGUCAGUUUCAUGAUGGAGAUACAUAUGUUGUGAGAUGGGAAUAUAGAAUAGUAGCUACAGGAGCCAAAAGUGGAUCUAGACGGUCUACUGUAGGCCGUGAGAGAUGUGCCUACUUUUUUUGGCAAGGUAAAAACUCUACUAUCACUGAAAAGGGGGCAUCUGCACUGAUGACUGUUGAGCUUGAUGAAGAAAGAGGACCACAAGUUCGAGUAUUAGAAGGGAAAGAACCACCAUGUUUCCUGAAUUUAUUUGGAGGUAAGAUGAUUGUUCAUGUUGGAAGACGAGAAGAAGAGGAGACAAACACACAAGAACCCUGGAAGUUCUUCUGUCUCAGAAAUGAGAAAAGUAAUGAAGUAUGCCUUAUUGAAUUAGAAUCUGCAAAUACCUCAGCCUUAAGAAGCCGGUCUUCCUUUAUUUUACUGAAUGUUCUAACAGGAAAAGUUUUCAUUUGGCACGGAUCAAAAUCUUCUCCAAAUACAAGAGAACUGGCACAGAUUGCAGUUGCGAAUGUACUGAAAAGCAAUCCACUUGAAGUUGGUUUACCUGCCAAUAUUUCCUUGAAUAUUACUCAAUUUGAGGAGGGUUCAGAAACUUCAGAAUUUUGGACAAUUUUAUCUGGAAAUGACAGGAGGCAAUACAUGUCACUUUUAAAUGAUCACCUGUAUUCCUACGAUUGGUCAAUAAGGCUAUUUGAAUUUAAUAGUGUUCCUGGUGUUAUUGAUGUAACUGAAGUGAAGAAUCCAUCUUGUGUUGAUGAAACAUUCACACCAUAUCCAUUCUUGCAAUCAGACCUCUAUAAUGCUACUCAACCUGCCUUGUUUUUGCUGGACAAUAACUAUGAAGUAUUUGUGUGGCAAGGUUGGUGGCCCCAGGGAGAUGAAGAUAUAGAAAAUGUACAUACAGGAUCAGCACAAUCUCGUUUUGUUGUAGAAAAGCGCUGUAUUCUACAGACAGCACUUGACUAUUGUAAAGCAAAAGAAACCACAACACCCAUCAAAGCCUAUCUAGUUUUUGCUGGACUAGAACCUAUGAAAUUUACAAAUCUGUUCCCAUUCUGGAAUGUUGAUGAAAUAGUUCAAGAACUUUCUCUCAAGGAUGGAAAAGCAGAAAAUAGCCUCAUAGAUGUGAGAGAAGAACUGACACGAUUAAGCUUGAUACAAUAUCCUUUGAAAGAAUUAUUAGAAAGACCAUUGCCAAUAGAAGUGGACCCCCUAAAACUUGAGUCAUAUUUAUGUGAUGAAGAAUUUGAGGAGAUUCUGAAUAUGACAAAAGCAGAGUAUUAUGCAUUGCCUGCUUGGAAGCAGUCAAAGUUGAAACAAGAUAUAGGCCUAUUUUGAUACAAAAAAAUGCAAAAAAAAAA